AUGGGGUUUCCAGCUGCAGUCCUUGUGACUUUUGCUAGCAUUUACUUUUUGCCAUCUCCCAUCGAUCCAGAGCCGUUCACUUUUGGAAAGCCAUCUGCUGCCUUAGUUGGAUCAUUGCAAGUAAAUAAUCAGCUUCAGAGUGCAAGGAUCUUCACAUGACAACUGAAAGGUCCAGAGUCUCUUAGUGUUGAUGAUGAAGUUGCUGCUAACUUCCAAAUGUGUAAUAUCUACACUGGUACGUGGAUGAUCAGUGGUGACCAGCUGCAUUUCAUUACUGAAAUGGGGCAGGAUAUGCCUGAAUGUGUUUUACCUGAGAAUUAUUUACAAGACUGUCAUGUGACCUGUGGAACUUGGGCCCCUCCGCUGCAGGACAGUAACAUGAUUGUGGUGGACUCUUAUUUAGGCCUGUACAAAGUCAAUCUAAGGACAGGAGAGAAAACUCUCCUGCUAUCAAGUGAGGAAGGUGUGGAUGGGCUGCCUUUCAAAUUCCUACAUGGAUUAGAAAUCUCAAAGAAAAAACGGAUUUAUUUUACAGAUUCAAGUAGUAAGUGGGAAAGAUGGCAUCACAAAUAUGAGGCAAUGGAAACAAACCAUCUUGGUUGCCUCUUGGCCUAUGACCCUGCAACAAGAACAGGAAGAACAGUGCUCAGCGGCUGGCGCGUGGCAAACGGGACUGCACUGUCUCCCUAUGAAGAUUACUUACUAAUAGCAGAAACCAGCGUAUGUAGAAUCAUAUGGUAUCUAAUGCAGGGAAAAAAAGUUGGUUUUGUGCACAACCUGCCUGGGUAUCCAGACAACAUCACAUUAUCAAACACAGGCUUCUACAGAGUUGGAAUAUACUUUCCUAGUUUCUUUUCUCCUUUUCUGGAUGCUUUCGGACCAUAUCCAUUCCUGAAAAGAUUUAUUGCAAAGGUAACAACAUUAUCAUUCUACAGCAUUUUUCUUCACAAACAUGACUUGUUCUUAGAAAUUAACAAUGAAGGAUGUAGUGUGGCAAGCUUUUGUGACCCUGAUGGUAGUGUCACUUAGGCCAUCAGUGAUGUAGAGCAUGAUGGAAAGGUUUAUCUAGGUAAUACAGAGCUGCCUUUUCUUCUGGUGCUACAGUAA